AUGGGCUCUGCUUUUUCUUCCGCGAUGGCGGCUGUCCCUCCUCUAAAGGAUCUUAUGCUACCUACCCCCGAAACCUACGUGACUCUAAUCAACAUCUUCCAAUACUUUCCCCUCUUCUCUAUCAUUCAAUGGCUUACCUCAUUCCACCCAGCAGGGAAAACUUCCCUGCAAAAGUCAUCCCUGAACAUCCCCGGCCGUAUCGGGUGGUUUGCCAUGGAAAUCGUGGGCCCCAUCAACCUCAUCUACAUUCUCUGGAAGCUGCCCCCCAAACUCCACAUCGAGUCCCUACCGCUACAAAACAAGCUUGUCGCAGUCCUUUACAUUCUCCAUUACGUGAAUCGCGCUAUCAUCUCGCCUUUCUCCGCGCCCAGCAUGUCCCCAAUCCACGUUCUUGUCGUCAUCUUCGCCGUUCUAUUUAAUUGGCUCAAUUCUUCUUGCAUUGCCAGCUGGCUGGCUGGAUAUAAUGUCGCCACUAUCCCAACUUACCGGAGCACGCCCUCGCACUCGGGAACGUCAAAGGCCACCGAGGACCCGAUCCCCGAUCCCACCACCCCUUUGCUUCUUCCUGUCCUCGGCUUUGUUCUCUUCGUCACAGGGAUGAUAGGAAACAUCUACUCCGAACGAACCCUCUUCCGUCUCCGCCGCGAAGAAGCAAAGAAACGUGCCGCAAAAAGGUCCGACUCUCCUCCCCCUUCUUCUUCUUCUUCUUCUUCUUCUUCUUCUUCUUCUUCGAACCUACCACAAACACAAGAGAAGAAAUCCGCAACCAAGUACUCCAAAAUCUACGUCAUCCCCCCCGCCACCGGCCUCUUCACAUCAAUCCUUUACCCGCACUAUGUCUUCGAGUGGCUUGAAUGGACCGGCUUCACACUCGUCGGCACGGCCGUCUUGCCCGCUCUAAGCCUCCUGCCUCUCAUUGGCACAAGUGCACCUUCAGCUCCAGGCCCAGGCCACGACCAGGGAUCCCCCCUUCGUCUUGCGCCGUGGAUUGGCCCCAUCGUGGCUGUUCUGCAGCAAAGUCCGCAGGCCUCUUCUGGUCUUCCGCUCCCAGGGAUUGUGUUUGUAGUGAAUGCGGUGACGAAUAUGUUGCCUCAUGCCCGCUGGGGGAGGAAGUGGUAUGUUGAGAGGUUUGGGGAGGAAGCAGUUGGGGGAAGGGGCGCGGUGGUGCCGUUUUGUAAGUGGAUGUAA